AUGUUCAGAUUAUUAAAGUUUUCUGUAGAAAUUGCUAAACAGACAAUAAAUAGGAAUGUAGCAAUAUCAGCGACAAGGCAUGUUGAAAUAUCUAGUGCUAUAGACUGUACUAAAAACGAUGAGCCGAUAGAAAUGCCAAAUCCUUUUGAAAAAGAAAAAGUUAAGUGUAUUUUGUGCGAGAUGGGUGUUACACCUAAUUAUAAAAACGUAAGAUUAUUAGCUCAAUUUCAAAGUCCAUAUACAGGAAGAAUUUAUGGAAGGCAUAUAACUGGUCUUUGUAAACAAAAGCAAGAACAAGUUGAAAAGGCAAUAACGAGAGCCCAGCAUUGUGCAUUAAUGCCGUAUUAUCAUAAGAACGUCGACUAUUUGGAAGAUCCAAAAUUAUUUAAUCCUGAAAAACCACUAAGACCACAUAAAUAUUAAUUUAUCAUUUAAUUUAUUUGUAACUUUUUUUUUAAUAAACUACAUAAAUGUAGGAGCGUUCGCUGAAUA